UGCGAAUGAGUGACGUCCAGGUCCCGCCUCCUCCUUCCCCUCAUUGGCCUACUCGUGCUUCCUCCCUCAGCUGCUGGCGCGCGCUCGUGGGGAAAAAAGAAAGGAGAGCAUGUUCGUGCCGCUGAGGUGGCUCCGCGAGUCUCCCCGCCACCUGCUGGUGUGCGAGAGGAGCCACGUGACGCACGAGCGCUCCCGCCACGCGGCGCACGUGCGAGGCCACGUCUUCAACUGCCAGGUAUCCUUGUUGAUCCCUGAAUGUGGAAUAGUUCCAGAAGUACUAAAAAACGCAGUUGGAGAUUUUGGGGAAUACUACCUGGUGAAGAAAUUGCCACUUCAUGAGUUAGUAACAGAGGAGUUUAUUAAUACCUUUGUGAAGAAAGGUUCAUGUUAUGCUCUUACAUAUAAUACAAGGAUUGACCAAGACAAUACUGCUGCUCUGCUACCAACAGGCAAACUAAUUAUAUCAGUAGACAAGGACACAUAUGAAGAACUUGGACUACAAGGCUGUCCUUCUCUUUAUUCUUCUAAAAAACCAGUGAGAUACAUUAUUACUGUUGACCUAACUGAUUCAGCCUUUGAUCCUGAUAGCAAGAAACGUAAUAGAGUGAUCUGGGCCUUGAAAGAAAAAAUGCCGCUAGAGUUUGAUUUCUUAUUGGCUUGGCACUACACAGGUUCAAAAGAAUUAAGUUUGAAGUCAUAUUUCUCCAAAAACGAAGUGAAAGCCUAUCAGCCAAAAAUAACAUUCAGCACAUUAAGAAAUGUGCAGUGUCCAGUACUGGAGAAUAAUAGCCUGCAAGGAGAGCCAGAAGCAGCAUGCAGUGCGCAGGAUUUUUUCCAGUGGCUUGGUGCCGUUUUCACUCAUGUUGGUUUAGAAAACACAUCCUCUAAUUUCUUAUCAACCUAUUCAUGUCCUCAGCCAAGCACACUGGUUGAUCAAGCUUUGUUGUGUACAAUAACUGGAUUUAUACUUCCAGAGAAGAUAAUUCACUUAUUGGAACAAAUAUGUUGUUAUUUUCAAGAACCAAAGCUGGCUCACUGGGUUACUCUUACUGUGCAUGGCUUUGCUGACAGCCCUGUUUCCUGGAGAGAAAGUGAACAUAGUUUCCUAAGGGGGGGAGAGAAUUUAUAUAACUUUGUAAUUUUUAGGAGCUUGGAUUACUGGAUUCAAAUGGCAGUAGGAGCAUAUGAUGAUUGUCCUUAAAUAAUUGUCAUUGAAACCAUUAAAAGGCGUUAUAUUAAA